AUGGUGCGCAUCAAGGAGCGAUACCUGCUGGUCAACAUCAUCUACCCUCCCGAUGCCGCAACCUCCAAGGCCCGUGUGCCCGGUCUGGUCGCCCAGCAUCAGCCGACCGUGGCCAAGUUGACGCCGCAGGCUCUGGUGAGGGCCAUCAAGGCCGAGGUGGCGGAGCUGUAUGGCGAUUUUGGCGCCGGAGCUCUCGAGGGCAAUCUUUCAGUCAAAUACCUCUCUUUGGCCACCUCAACGUUCAUCCUCAGGUGCAACAGGGCUCACUAUCAGCUGCUCUGGUCCGCAUUGACCUUCAUGGACCGCGUCCCCGUCAAGGACGGCCGGCCCUGCAUCUUCCGCGUUGUCCGUGUCAGCGGCACCAUCCGCAAGAUUGAGGAGGUUGCCGUCGAGCGGGCCCGGAAGCUCAUCCUGGCCGCCAAGGCAGAGGCCAGCUCUCAUCCGCAGUCUUUACUGUCCGUGGACAUUUUAGGCAAAGACGACGCCAUGCUGGAUGUCAUGGACAAUGCCAUGAGCGACGAGGACAUGGAAGACGGCAGAUGA